CAAUUUGAUGAUACAGUUAUAUAAAAUGAAUCUUCCCGUCCUGAGAGCGACUCCAGUCCAGAGGGAGAGAGAGAGAGAGAGAGAGAGGGGGCGGAGCGCGAGCUUAAAGCAGAGCUUCUCCGGUUUUCCCGCAUCAGCACAUAACGCGCGCGCGCGGCGCAUCACCGGAUCCGCAGCUCGGGCUGUUCUUUUCCGCACAGAGCGCGCGAGGAGGAAACACCGGAGCGGAGUCCCGGUCAGAGGCGCAGCUGCAGCACUGAGACACGCGGGGGCCCCGGGACCGGGGACCGGCAUCUGCACUGACACACCGGACAGAGGGAGCGCGCGCGCAAGACUGGGAGAGCAGUACUACAGAGACGCCCUGGAGCAGUGCCAUAACUAUAACGCCCGUCUGUGCGCAGAGAGGAGUGUGAGAAUGCCCUUCCUUGACUCACAGACUGGUGUCGCCCAGAGCAACUGCUACAUCUGGAUGGAGAAGAGGCACCGAGGACCGGGUGUGGCUCCUGGGCAGUUAUACACGUACCCCGCCCGCCGUUGGAGGAAGAAGAGGAGAGUUCAUCCUCCAGAAGACCCUCGGCUGGCGUUCCCCUCCCUGAAGUCAGAGUUGGACCUGGGUCUGAAGAAGGAAGUGCUCGGCUCGAGCGAUGGCAGUAGCAGUCUGGAGGCCCUGCUCCGUGGAGAGCCUCUGGAGAAGAGGUCAGCGCUGGAGCUCAGACCGAACGACGAGGAGCCUGCGCACAACGAGUACACGAGCGGAGGACUCAACCCUGCGACCAGAGUGAGGAAGAGGAUUGUGGAACCUGAUGACUUCAUGGACGACCUGGAUGAUGAAGAUUAUGAGGAAGAUACACCGAAGAGACGCGGGAAAGGCAAGGGAAAGGGGCGGGGUGUCGGCAGCGCUCGGAAGAAGCUGGACGCAGCAGCCGCCGCUCUUGAGGACCGGGACAAACCUUACGCCUGUGACAUCUGUGGGAAGCGCUACAAGAACAGACCCGGACUGAGCUACCAUUACACCCACUCUCAUUUAGCCGAGGAGGAAGGGGAGGAAAAAGAGGAGGUGGAGCUUCAAGAACAGACUCCGCCCCCACCUGAAGAGCCCAAGACAGCCCCAAAGAGGGGUCCUGACGGUUUGGCGCUGCCCAACAACUACUGCGACUUCUGCCUGGGUGAUUCCAACAUGAACCAGAAAACCGGCCAAUCAGAAGAGCUGGUGUCCUGCUCCGACUGCGGCCGCUCUGGUCAUCCCUCGUGUCUGCAGUUCACCCCGGUGAUGAUGGCGGCGGUGAAGACGUACCGCUGGCAGUGCAUAGAGUGCAAGUGCUGCAACAUGUGCGGCACGUCGGAGAACGACGACCAGCUGCUCUUUUGCGACGACUGUGACCGAGGCUAUCACAUGUACUGCCUGACCCCGCCCAUGUCGGAGCCUCCUGAAGGAAGCUGGAGCUGCCAUUUGUGUUUGGACCUGCUGAAAGAAAAGGCUUCUAUAUACCAGAACCAGAACGCGCCGCCGUCUUGAUGGACCUGCCGCAGAACACUGGCCCCGCGUUCUCGGUCCCCAGCUCUUUCUGUGGCCACUCAGUGAGUGAGGGAAGAGAUUUAAGAAAAAGGAAAAAAAAAAAAAAACACAGAUGCUGGGGACCGGAAAAGGGAAACAUAACUAACCUAUUUACCCAAGGAAAGGGAGGAAUGAACGAGGAUAAAGAGAAAACGAAUCCCUCUUCUUUGGCAGGUUUAAUUCUAAUAUGACUGUUACACAGUUCCAAGUUUUAAACUAUCCACUGCUUUUUGUUUUCAACUAUUAAUCUUUUUUUUUUUGGGGGGGGGGGAACCACACACAAUAACAAUAGCCGACUAAUCCAAACCGAAACCGUCUGGCAAGCCGCUCUGAGAAUAUCCGACUCUGCUUAUAAGUAAACGCAUCCUUCAGCUACUUGAAAUAUUCCCCAAAACCCCACACUAGCUAACGUUAGCCAAGACUACUCUUCAUACCGUUUACGUUUCUCACCUCCUGGGAAUAGUUGAAACCAAUCAGCAUGCUUGUUCGUAAUAAGACAAAUGGUAGCUUUUUUUUUUUCUUUCCUUUCUUUUUUUUGUAUAUUUAUAUAUUUGUAAAGCAUAUAAAGGUGUGAUGUAUUUAAAAGUGAGAUUAUAAAAAGUGAUUGGUUAUUA